AUGACCGAAGUUUCCAACCAGCCCAAUCUACCGAACAAUUUCAAGAAGAUCGAAAGAAUGGGGCGAUGGAGUGUUGAACUGGGAGCAAUCACUCAACAUAAUGUUAUGGUAACCGUUUCGAAUUCUAUCUCUAUAUAUUGUUUAUAGCAAUUAAAAAAGCUGAAUGAAGCCGUCUUUCCUGUUACCUACAACGAGAGAUUUUACAAAGAUGUUGUGACUUCCGGAGACCUAGCCAAGCUAGUGUUCUUCAACGAUUGUGUUGUGGGUGCUGUGUGUUGUAGAUUGGAUGUGGAAGAUGGAGUCAAGAAGUUAUACAUCAUGACUCUGGGCACUUUGGCGCCAUAUAGAAGACUCGGAAUUGGAGGGAUGCUGCUGAAACACGUUUUUUCAAUCUGUGAGAAGGAUAAAUCCAUUAAAACCGUUAAUUUGCACGUCCAGGUAAGCUGGGCUCUGUUAGUAACUCUUAAUUUGGUAGGUGAAUAAUGACAGUGCCUUAAAUUUUUACGAAAAAUUUGGAUUCAACAAAGCCAGUGUAGCUGAGAAUUACUACAAAAGAAUUGAACCUGCUUCCGCAUACGUCCUGGAGAAACAAGUUAAUUAA